AUGCCUCCCCAAGACACCACAUUCACCACCAAUGCCCCCUCAUCUUCUAUCUCCAGGCCCAAGGUCCUCGCUCCCACCUCCCAACGCCUGGGUGUCUCUCGUGUCAUGAAAUCCACGAAGAAGACCUCCACCUCCACCUCCACCUCGGACCCUACCUUCCCCGCCCUUGGCGUCCCUAAAACCACCAUCAAGCUCGACUUUGCCGCGAUACUGCAAUCUCGCGCCCUUGUAGACCCCAGCUUUGAUGUGGCCACCGUACCGACGCGGUAUCCAGAGCUGCCCGGCUUCCUGCUCGACGCCAAGCGAUGCCCGCAUCUGCCGAAGGACUACUUUGCGCAGUGUACCCACAAGCAGCUGGAGGAGCUAGUGGCCGCGCUGUGCGUGUACGUAGGGGGUUGGGGGAGGUGA